AAAAACGCCAUAGUGACGUUUUUAUAGUUUGACGUCAUAAAUAUCAAUCCGCGUGUGGCUUAGACGGAAGUAGUUCCCGGUCGGUUUGGCGGUUCACCUUGAGCUCAAGAGCCGGACCGGAGCGCAUCAGUCAACGGCCGACCGUCAUCAAACGCAGGAUAUUACCCGUCUCUUCCACGAUGCCCCACACUAAAGUUCAGGAUAUGGGAUCUGCCUUCAUCCAGACACAGCAGCUCAAUGCUGCCAUGGCCGACAGCUUCCUGGAGCACAUGUGUCUGCUGGACAUCGACUCUGAGCCCACCAUCGCACGCAACACUGGCAUCAUCUGCACCAUUGGACCGGCCUCUCGCUCUGUGGAGAUGCUGAAGGAGAUGAUCAAGUCUGGCAUGAACAUCGCUCGUCUCAACUUCUCUCACGGCUCACACGAGUAUCAUGGUGACACUAUAAAAAAUGUACGUGAAGCUUGUGCCAGCUUCGAGCCGGGCAGCAUCCAGUACAGACCAGUGGGUAUCGCUCUGGACACCAAGGGACCAGAAAUCCGAACCGGACUCAUUAAAGGGAGCGGCACGGCGGAGGUGGAGCUGAAGAAGGGAAAUAAGAUCAAAGUGACCAUGGAUGAUGCUUUCAUGGAGAACUGCGAUGAGCAAACACUCUGGCUGGACUACAAGAACAUCACCAAGGUGGUUGAAGUGGGCAGCAAGGUCUAUAUUGAUGAUGGACUAAUUUCUCUCCAGGUCCUGGAGAUCGGAUCUGACUAUCUGGUGUGUGAAAUUGAGAACGGAGGAACUUUGGGAAGUAAGAAGGGUGUCAAUCUACCGGGUGCCGCAGUCGACCUGCCCGCCGUGUCAGAGAAGGACAUCCAGGACCUGCAGUUCGGCGUGGAGAUGGGAGUCGACAUGGUAUUUGCCUCCUUCAUCCGCAAGGCGUCUGAUGUGCAUGAGGUGCGUAAGGUGCUGGGAGAGAAGGGCAAGAACAUCAAGAUCAUCAGCAAGCUGGAGAACCACGAGGGUGUGCGAAGGUUUGAUGAGAUCAUGGAGGCCAGCGAUGGCAUCAUGGUCGCUCGAGGAGACCUGGGUAUUGAAAUCCCCACAGAAAAGGUGUUUCUGGCCCAGAAGAUGAUGAUUGGUCGCUGCAACAAAGCAGGAAAGCCAAUCAUCUGUGCCACACAGAUGUUGGAGAGCAUGAUCAAGAAGCCUCGUCCGACGCGUGCCGAGGGCAGCGAUGUGGCUAACGCCGUUCUGGACGGAGCCGACUGCAUCAUGCUGAGUGGAGAGACGGCGAAGGGAGACUAUCCUCUGGAGGCUGUACGCACCCAGCACAUGAUCGCCCGCGAGGCAGAGGCAGCCAUGUUCCACAGACAGCUGUUUGAGGAGCUGCGGCGCUCCACCCUUCUGACCCGAGACCCUUCAGAUGCUGUAGCUGUGGGUGCCGUCGAGUCCUCCUUCAAGUGCUGUGCCAGCGCCAUUAUUGUGCUCAGCAAGACUGGCAGGUCUGCUCAUCUGAUCUCUCGUUACCGCCCGCGUGCCCCAAUCAUCGCAGUGACCCGUAACGAGCAGACGGCCCGACAGGCUCAUCUGUACCGCGGCAUCUUCCCCGUGCUCUACAACAAACCCUCCAACGAUGUUUGGGCCGAGGAUGUGGACCUGAGGGUCAAUUUUGCCAUGAAUGUUGGUAAAGCUCGUGGGUUCUUCAAGCCCGGUGAUGUGGUGAUCGUCCUGACCGGCUGGCGUCCAGGGUCCGGUUACACCAACACCAUGCGCGUCGUCCCAGUGCAGUAAAGCUGGGAUACCCACC